AUGGCGGCUUUCCACACAGCAUCGUCCCCGAAUACAGGCGACGGAGACCUGGGCUUAUUCGCGAUUGAAUCGCGACCGUCGUCCACCUCAUACGAUGACACUGGUAUCCCGCGGCGACCUUCGCAGGCUGAGUUGAUGGAAGUGCCCUCUUACCCGGGUCCCGUUGCCUCGGCGGCUUCCGUCCUGAAUCGUCCAGACUCAAGAACAGGCUCGGAUGGACCGACUCUCACAAGCAACGGCACAGCCGACGUCUCUUCGAUUCAUUACAACAUCGGCGCUUCCGCGCAGACACCCGUCAGCACGGGCUUAUCGAAAUCGAUACCAGCGCCGCCGUCCAAAGAACAGACCACUUCAUCUCGCUUGGCUGCCAUGUCAUUGCAGGAUGAGUCUGCUCGCAACGACGUGCCCGCCUCCCGAGGCGCGUCAUCCUCCAUCUCUUCUUCAUCUGCGGCCUCAUCCUCCGCUUCCAGCAAUCUUGUUCCUAGCGCCGCCCUCAUCUCUUCUUCAAGCUCCAAUUAUACCUCGGCGGCCGAGAGUCCCGCCUCUGAAACCGCUUCACGAAAGCUUCCGUCUCCUGUGACCGCUCCUGCGCAAGCCUCAUUGCCCUCGUCUACGCCUCCGCCAGUGCCACCCAAAUCCAGACCGACACCAUCCGUUUCCCAGCAGAGCUUCGCAUCCACCACCACCAUCACUCAUGCAAAGUGGUCAUCUCCACGCCUCGCAACGUCCGGUGUUACUGAAAAGCAAGCAAUAAGCGUAGAGCAGGAGCUGGAGCAGCAGCUCGCAGCCGAUCUCGAUCCUUCACCCACCGCUUCCACAACAGCCAUCGACGCAGAGGCCAUCUCUCGUCGCUCUUCUCGCCGCAGUCGCCGAUCCGGGCUUCCACCUCUGCAGGAUCGCUUGCCGGUCGGUGGAGGCGGACCCAGUGCACCUCCACGAGCCACUUCUUUCCGUGACGCAUCCAAACGUACCUCGGUCGGCAACGGCUACGGUGAUCUCGGUGCAGAAGCGCUCAGUGUAUCAGGCACGAGUCCCUCAUCGCCUUCUCUGACGAGCUUCCUCGAUCUGGACUCGCCAAGAACGUCAGAGUCCAGCAACACAAACAGACGGCCUCUGCCCAGCAGGAGAACCUCUCUGCAAGCCCCGUCUCCGAGGACCCCUACCUUUUCCGCCGAUCACUCUCACUCUCCUCUCGACGGUCAGGCGAGUGGCUCAACCACGGCAGCACGACCAGCAUCAGGCAGGACGAGUUCUCACACAAAGUCACCGCCCACAUCUCGACCUGCAUCGCGGGGACCUUCGUCAGGCGGCAAAGCAGCUCUCGCUGGUCUUUACCCAACAAAGGCAGCCGCAACACCCAAGCUCGCCCCGCCGAAGCAACUCAACUCACUCAAUCUCGACCGCGAAAGCAUGCAGCGCUGGGUGCUCUCGGUGGGCUGCGUCAACUUUGACCUCGAGCUUGGUCCGGACUUAGAGUUCCUAUACCCUCCUCUCGGCAUCAGCCGCGAGGAACGCGACAACAUCGCUUUCUCCUCUUUCCCGGACACCUCGAUCUUCGACGACGGCUCCCUCGUCUUCUCUUGGCGAGUGCGCGAAGUGCCGCUCAAUUCGUCUGUUUCCGAGCCGCCGACCAUCAAGACGCUCAACGAUGCGCUGCAACAGCCGUCGACUUUAGGUGAUGACGAGACCCCUAGACCCUCGCUGAACAAGACAGCUUUGCAGAAUGCCAUGCUCAAGAAGGGAGCCCCUGAUGCUGGUCAAAGUCUGUCCUCGUCCACGGCUCCGCCCGUGCCGCCCAAAUCAGCUUUCAGGGACGCCUCUGCUCCGUCGUCGGGUCCUUCCCAGUCUUUGUCCAGGCCGACAUCCAACGUGAAUCUGCGCAAUGGUGGGAUCGAUGUCACACCGGCAAGUGCGCCUCCCACGACGUCGUUCCACGAGAGGCUUACGCAGAAGCUCUUUUCAUCUUCCGGCUCGUCCGCGAUGUCGAGGCAUAUGUCGCACGACCGACACAGCAGCGCGCACUCCACGAGCUCGGCUUCGGCCGAUGAUGACGGCGAUACCACCGUUCCGGCUGCCUCGGUGGACUCGAGCGCAACGUCCACCGGCAGCACCAUCCCAGCGAGCACGAACCAGUCUGUGCCCACUAGCGAUCUCAUCAACUCGAAACGCGCAGCGGGCAACAGCACGAGCAGCAGCUACAUCUAUGGCUACGUCUUCUUCCGACAAAAGCCGGACGCGACCAACCGACGUGGCUACUUCCAAAAGUCGGUCGUCAUCCUGUCGCACCUGCCGCUGGUUGGACUUUUCAGCGAAGUGGUUGCUAGACUGGGCCCGCUCUAUUUCGAGCACGGCAUGUCGAUGUUCGAGGCCUUUGCGAACGACAUCAUGUCCUGGCCGGCGCCGCACCCGGGCACCAUCCUCACACUGCCGUUGCUAGGCAGCAUCAUCACGGCAGCCAUCCCGUUCGGACAGCAACCGCAAAACUCGCCCAGCGCCGAGUCAGCGCCGAUGCAAGCCACCCUGUCAGCGCCCGGCUCCACCUCAUCAGGUGGCUUCAUGAACGCCGCCACGGCAACCAUCCGCUCGCGCUCGCGCCAGCCCAGUGCCAACGGCACCCUCGCGCCGCACAUCUCCGAACCCUCGCCCGAAGGCCCGCUCCUCGCCUCCAUCCCCACCACCUCGCUCUUCCACACCUUCCAACAAGCCCUCUCCGACCUCUGGCUCCUGUGGGAAUGCGUGCUGCUUGCCGAACCCAUCCUGGUCAUCGCUCCGGAACCCAAGAUCGCGUCUGAAGCAGUUUGGCACAUGCUGGACCUCAUCCGGCCAAUCCCGUACGCCGGUGACUUUAGACCGUAUUUCCACAUCCACGACUACGACUUUCGCACGCUGGUGACGAAGAACAAGCCGCAGGCGGGGACACUCAUCGCGUCGACGAAUCCAUUCUUCGCGACUGCGUGCGGGCACUGGCCCCACGUGUUGCGAGUGGGCAAGGCGGCGGUGAAGCUGAUCCAGAUCAAGCAUGGUGCAGGUGGCAGUGGGAGUGGGUUUGCAGGUGCGCCUUCUGGCAAGAAGCCCAACUCGGGAAUUGGUGGCGGCCAAGGCGCAGGUGGUGGUGGACCGGAUCACAUUCCUGGCUUCACAACAAAACGCAAACGACGCAUCUCCAAGGACCGCGCCUUGCUCAAGCGGUUGCAGGACCUUGCCAAGUCGGGUUCAGAAGCUGACAUUCUCGCAGCAAACGUCGCCAUGCGACGCUACUUUGCCGAUCUCACCGAGCGUUUUCUCGCCCCGCUCAAUCGGUACGUGGCCUCCCUCGUGCCUGCAUCAUUCGACUUAAGUUCGCCUAGCGAGGUGCCGCGCAUUCGACCUUUCAACACCACCGACUUCCUCGCGUCGCUCAAAGCACACGGAACACCGUUGGCCAUUCGAUCACGCUCCCUGCCGACGGGUGCGAGCGUGAGGCAGAGUCUGUAUUUGGACUUUUUGCGGUGUCCCAACUUCUCCCUGUGGCUGCACUCGCGUGUGGCCGCGGCGGAGGAGGAGCAGCGCAGGCGAUACAUUGCUUCGCUGCUGCAGGGCGACGUGACCACCUUCGGCCAUACAAAGGGCGAAAUUGAGACGAUCGACCUGUACGGUCGGCUGGUGGAGGAGAUUCGGAGUGUGGAUGUGCAGCUCACUGCUCCUACUGCGCCGGGACCGGGGAGUCGGUGGAGAACAGAUCAGAUCGCGGUGAAGAAGGAGAACGAGUCGGGGAGGAAUACUCCGACUAUGGGGUCAACGGCGGACGCUGCGACGACGGAAAAGAGACUGAGGGAGCAGAAGAAGAGGCUGAUGGAGCAGUUGGAGAGGUUGUGCAUGACGUUGCCGGACGAUCUGCAGAGCUCGUUGAGACGGCCUAAGUAG